GGGCGCGAGUGCAGCGCGCGCGCCGGAGCUCGCAGCCAGCCAUGGAGGACGAGGUGACGUUCAUGUUCCAACUGGGCGUGGUGCGCGACGCCGCCGCCGCGCCGUACCAUCUCCUCACGCUCGCCUACCUCAAGGAGCUCGCUGUUAAGUUCGUACAUGAAAAGAUCCCGGACAACGGGCUGAACCGGCUCGCGGACCGCAUCCUGCUGUUCCGGCACGACUACUGCUCGCCGAACGUGCUGCAGCUGAUCAACUCCGCCUCCGACGUCACCGACGAGACGCUCGUCGAGAUCGUCCUCACCGCCAACCCGGUGAUAUGCGACGGCGGCAUGGACUCGCUGCCGAUCCUGCGGCCGCACGCGCUGGCCGUGCACUCGUACAAGGCGCCCACCUUCUGCGACUUCUGCGGCGAGAUGCUCUUCGGCCUGGUCCGACAGGGGCUCAAGUGUGAAGGGUGCGGCCAGAACUACCACAAACGUUGCGCGGUAAAGGUGCCGUCCAACUGCGCGUCGCCGGCACCUGCGGGCGCGGCAGGCGCAGCGGGCGCGUGCGGCGCGGCGGGCGCGCGGCGCGCCUCGCACACGCGCAGCCCCUCGCGCGCCUCCACCGCCAGCCACGCCUCGCACGACGACUCGCUGCUGGGCGGCAAGCGCAGCCGCUCUCCUUCCCGCGCGGGCUCCGUCUCGGGCUCCAUCUCAGGCACCACGAGCACGUGGCCGCUGCCAUCGCUGGGCCACGCGUCGCUCGGCAUCCCGCACACGUUCGAGGUGCACUCCUACACGCGGCCCACAGUCUGCCGCCACUGCAAGAAACUGCUGCGCGGCCUGUUCAAGCAGGGGCUGCAGUGUCGGGACUGUCACUACAACGCGCACAGAAAGUGUCUCCCCUUCGUGCCCAAGGACUGUGGGGGGGAGAUACGGGAUCCACACGGUGAAGCGGACAGCAGCACGGGCAGCGAGUUGUCGGAGACCGCGCGUCUGCCCGACGAGUCGGACGACGAGACCACGCCUGACGCCGCCGAGUCCAAAGCGGAAGAUGAGGUACAACUGCGGCGCCCGCGCGAGGAGGACGCGGACGAGCCGCAGCGCGACACACUGCCGGAGCGGUCCGCCAGCCGGCCCAGCAGCUCUUCGUCGUCGCCCAGCGCCAAUAUUCCACUCAUGCGCAUCGUGCAGUCGGUCAAACACACCAAGAAGAGGGAGGGGCAGUGGCUCAAGGAGGGAUGGCUGGUUCACUUCACAAAUAAGGACAAAACUAUAAAACGUCAGUACUGGCGGCUGGACAGCAAGUCGAUAACGUUGUUCACGUCGGAACAGGGCACCAAGUACUACAAGGAGAUCCCAUUAAAUGAGAUCCUCGCCAUAGACACCGCCAGGCAGCCGCAUUCAGACGUGAUGCACUGCUUCGAGCUGCGCACGGCCAACGUGGACUACAUGGUGGGCGUGGAGGAGGCGUGCGGCGGCGCGGCGGGCGCGGGCGCGGCGGGCGCGGGCGGGGUGGCGGGCGCGCUGCCGCCGCCCGACUCGGGCGUGGGCGCGUACGUGGCGCGCUCGUGGGAGACCGCUCUGCGACACGCGCUGCUGCCCGUCACGCACCACGCAGGUACACGCGGGGUGCUCAGCACCGACACUACAUUCGGAGGGCGUGGGUGCGGCGGCGCGCACGGGUCGGAGGCGGAGGGCGCGGAGGGCGGCUGCGCGGGCGGGCGCGGCACGGAGAUGGCGCAGCUGUACCAGAUCCACCCCGACGAGGUGCUGGGCUCGGGGCAGUUCGGCAUCGUGUACGGCGGCCUGCACCGCCGCACGCAGCGACCCGUCGCCAUCAAGGUGAUAGACAAACUUCGUUUCCCGACGAAACAAGAGGCCCAGCUGAAGAAUGAAGUGGCGAUCCUGCAGAACCUCUCCCACCCUGGCGUGGUGAACCUGGAGCGCAUGUUCGAAACGCCCGAGAGGAUCUUCGUGGUGAUGGAAAAGCUGAAGGGCGACAUGCUCGAGAUGAUCCUCUCGCACGAGAAGGGACGCCUGACCGAGCGGAUUACUAAGUUCCUGGUCGCACAGAUCCUGGUGGCGCUGAAGCACCUGCACGAGAAGAACAUCGUGCACUGCGACCUGAAGCCGGAGAACGUGCUGCUGUCCACGGACGAGGAGUUCCCGCAGGUGAAGCUGUGCGACUUCGGGUUCGCGCGCAUCAUCGGCGAGAAGUCCUUCCGCCGCAGCGUCGUCGGCACGCCCGCCUACCUCGCGCCGGAAGUGCUUCGGAACAAGGGCUACAAUCGUUCAUUAGACAUGUGGUCUGUGGGCGUGAUCAUCUACGUGUCUCUCUCGGGCACGUUCCCGUUCAACGAGGACGAGGACAUCAACGAGCAGAUACAGAACGCCGCCUUCAUGUACCCCCCCACGCCGUGGAGGGAGAUCUCCGCUGAGGCGAUCGACCUGAUCAACAACCUGCUGCAAGUGAAGCAGCGCAAGCGGCUGUCGGUGGACAAGUCGGUGGCGCACGCGUGGCUGCAGACGCGCCAGGCCUUCCUCGACCUGCGCCGCCUCGAGCAGCGCGUCGGCGCGCGCUACCUCACGCACGCCAGCGACGACCACCGCUGGCACUGACCGCGCGCUCGCACCGGGCCGUGCUUACACAAAUAACUAUGUAUAGCGUGCUCUAACUAACUGGUAUCAAUUACUAUCCAUAUUACAUUUAUAAUUUGCUAAUUAUUAUUGCAACUUAAAAAUUAAUAUUGUUCGUUUUAGUUACACUCAUAUAAUUAUGGUCAUAAAAUUCAAUACAGUUACAAACUGUCUGGAUUCAUCUAUUUGUUUAAUGCAAAAUAUGUUGUGUCUUUUGACCUUUAUGCAACGACAAUUCGGCACAAAUUUAGAAGUCCAACCAAUCAGAUACUGUAUAAUUGCCUUUGAUUAUGUUACAAAUUAUC